AAAACAUUGAUCAAAGUCAUCUCUGUCUCUCUCAUCAUCUUUAGCCAUGGCAAAAGACUUGGAUGUGCAAGAGGGUGGAGCCCCGGCGGCCAGAGACUACAAGGAUCCACCUCCCGCACCAUUGUUGGACAUGGAGGAGCUUGGGAAGUGGUCGCUCUAUAGAGCCGUCAUAGCUGAGUUCGUGGCGACACUUUUGUUCCUCUACGUCUCAGUCCUCACCGUCAUCGGCUACAAAGCUCAAACCGAUGCAACCGCGGGAGGGGUGGAUUGCGGCGGCGUAGGCAUAUUGGGUAUUGCUUGGGCUUUCGGUGGAAUGAUCUUUGUUCUCGUUUACUGUACCGCCGGUAUCUCCGGUGGUCACAUAAACCCGGCUGUGACGGUGGGAUUGUUCCUUGCUAGAAAAGUGUCACUGGUGCGGACAGUGUUAUACAUUGUGGCUCAGUGCCUUGGUGCCAUCUGCGGUUGCGGUCUCGUCAAAGCAUUCCAAAGCUCUUACUACACCAGAUAUGGAGGUGGAGCCAACGAGCUCGCCGACGGUUACAACAAAGGUACCGGACUAGGUGCAGAGAUCAUCGGAACUUUUGUCCUCGUUUACACCGUCUUCUCGGCCACCGACCCCAAGAGAAGUGCACGUGACUCCCACGUGCCAGUUUUGGCGCCGCUUCCCAUAGGAUUCGCCGUCUUCAUGGUUCAUCUAGCCACCAUUCCCAUCACAGGAACCGGAAUCAACCCGGCUCGUAGCUUCGGAGCUGCCGUUAUCUACAACAAGGAAAAGGCCUGGGAUGACCAAUGGAUAUUUUGGGUUGGACCGAUGAUCGGAGCAGCAGCAGCAGCGUUAUACCAUCAGUUUAUUCUAAGAGCGGCAGCGAUUAAAGCUCUCAACUCCUUUAGGAGCUCUGCUUAAAUCUUUUUCUAUUUAUUUUAAUUUAUCCACAAGUUAAUCAAAUUAUGAUUACCAUGAAAUUCACUACCACUGGCACUGGUCUCUGUAUUUUUUUUUUUGUAUGUUCUGUUUUUUUAAAUCUUAUGGAAUCUCCCAUUCGUGUAAAUGUGGGUUAUUAUUAAAUGUUGCUUUAAGAUAAAUCUCAAGUUUGCCUUUAAUCUU